AUGAGAGCAUCAAGCAACCAAUUUGAAACUGCAUUGUCUCGCAUUCCCAACACACAGGACUCUCUCAAAUGUGGGCAAUGUGGUAAAAAAUGGCACAAUAAGAGAAAUUGCCAUAGGAAUCUUCCCUCAAAAGCCAAACCUGCUACUAAGAAAAAGAGGGGUACUGAAAAUACCCAGACCACUCCAUCUGACACAUCCACUCUAGCUGCUGGUCCAAGCACUCUAAAGCAAAGAUCCAAGCCUCCAAGGCGUGUGCAAAAAGGGAAGCCAAAACCAAGUAAGAAAGGACAACCAGCCUCAACUUCAUGUCCUCAUGCAUCAACUUCUGUUUCCACUGCAGGAUCAAAUGUUGUACAUUGA